AUGGCGAAAUGCAGCAACAUCCACAACACCGUCUUGCUCCGGCAGACCCUGCGGCGCUGGCGGUCCCGUGCCGCGGCGCGCGCUGCUGCGGAUGACGGCGCGGUGUCGGUGCCGGCGGGGCACGUGGCGGUGUGCGUGGGCGGGGCGUCGCGGCGGUUCGUGGUGCGGGCGGCGCACCUGAACCACCCCGUGUUCCGGGAGCUGCUCCGGCAGGCGGAGGAGGAAUAUGGGUUCCCGUCCGGCGCGUGCGGCCCCAUCGCGCUCCCCUGCGACGAGGACCACUUCCGGGACGUCCUACGCCGCCUCUCCUCCGACGAGCGCCGCGGCGUGUCAGCCGUCAGCAGCCGCGAUGUCGCCACGCGGCCGUUGCUGCCGAGGGUGGCGGCGGAGGAGCUCGUGUGGUGA